CUUUCCUCUUUAUCUCUCAUCCUUACCACCACCAUGGAAAGAAACCACCGUGUCCUCUUCCUCGGUGUUUCCCUCUUCUCCUGUUUCUUCACCAUCAUCCACUCGGAGGUCAAUACUACUACUGCUGGUGGAAUCAUUACGAGCACUUCAAUUCUCACCUCGUGCCUCCGGUCUUCUGGUGUCCGAAACUUCACCGUCUCCUCGUCUCCACCCUCCGCUGCUUACUCCCUCCUCCUCAACUCUUCCAUCCGAAACCUUCGCUUCGCUGGCCCUGACACCCCCAAACCCAGCGCUAUAAUCCUCCCAUGCACGAAAGAGGAUCUACGGAACGCUGUUCUUUGCCUGCGCAAGGCCUCCUUGGCCAUCAGGGUGAGAAGCGGCGGCCACAGCUAUGAAGGCUUGUCCUACACCAGCGACCCGUACGUUCCUUUCGCGGUCGUGGACCUCAUGAACCUGAACAAGGUCCGAGUCGACCCUGACUCCCUCACCGCCUGGGCUGAGUCCGGCGCUACGGUGGGGGAGAUAUACUACGCCGUGGCCUCAUCGAACCGGUCGCUCGCCUUCUCCGCCGGGUCGUGCACAACUGUCGGAAGCGGCGGACAGAUCUCCGGCGGCGGGUUCGGGCUUCUCUCCCGGAAGUAUGGACUCGCCGCCGACAACGUCCUCGACGCGGUCUUGAUCGACUCCUCCGGCCGGGUCCUGAACCGGGAGUCGAUGGGAGAGGACGUCUUCUGGGCGAUCCGUGGCGGCGGCGGUGGCAGCUGGGGCGCCAUCUACGCGUGGAAGCUGCGACUCGUCCCUGUCCCGGAGCGCGUCACCGCGUGCACCCCCACCCGGUCCGGCCCGACGCUUUCGGUAGCCGAGUUGGUUCACAAGUGGCAGUACGUGGCGCCGAGUCUACCCGACGAGCUGUACUUGUCCGUGUACAUCGCCGGGUCAGGGGGCGGCAACGUCUCCGCCUCGUUCACGGGCUUCUUCCUCGUCCCGAGAGGAGCGGCGAUCUCCAUACUGAGUCAGCGAUUCCCGGAGCUGGGACUGGCGGAGUCGGACUGCGACGAGGUGAGCUGGAUCGAGUCGGCGGUCCGAUUCGCCGGAUUGGACUCGGUGUCGGACCUGACGAGCCGCAGAUCGCGGGGGAGGGCAUUCUUCAAAGCCAAGUCGGACUACGUGCGGGCCCCGAUCGGCAAAAAUGGGCUGAUCACAGCCCUUGAUUGGCUAUCAAAGAAGGAAGAAGCGUACGUUAUAUUGGAUCCAUACGGCGGGGAGAUGGGGAGGGUGAGAAGCGAUCGGAUAGCGUUCCCUCACCGAGGGGGGAACCUGUACGGGAUCCAGUACAUGGUGGAUUGGAGCGCGGAGGAGACGGGGGAGGGGUACGUGGCGUGGCUGCGAGGGUUCUACGAGUACAUGGGGCGAUACGUGUCGAAGAAACCCCGGGCGGCGUACGUGAACUACGUCGACCUGGAUUUGGGGACGGUGGACUGGAGCGGAGGUGGGCCCCGGAAUGCGGUGGGUGAGGCUCGGGUGUGGGGGGAGCGGUACUUCUUGGGGAAUUACGACCGGCUGGUGAAGGCGAAGACCCAAAUUGACCCGCACAAUGUCUUCAAUAACGCCCAAAGCAUUCCACCUCUUCCUACUACACGUGGCUAAAUUAGAGCCACACAUACCACCUAGUAUUUUCUCGAUACCCAAAUAAAUCUGUAUGAAAUAGAACUAUAUAAUAAUAUUAUUUAUUAGAAUAAUAUUUACAAAAGCAGCUGGAG